GUCGGCUGGCUAGUUGUCAUGGACCUGCGGCUUUGACUACGAACGCUGUGCAGAAGGUUGAGGGUGUGCUGCAGUGGCUGUACAAAGCCAAGAAGAUGCCAGGAAAGCCUCGCAAGCUUGCACAGGCACUCAAGCUUUUGAAGGCGCUGAACGGCAAAGUCCAAGAUGUUUUGCGCCUGCAGCUCCAGCCCGAGGAGUUGAAGAUUUCGGAGCUUCAGAAAGAGGCCCCUGAUGACACGAAGAAUGUCAUGAAGUCUGGGUACCAGACCAUGCGCAAGCACCUGGGCAUGUUGCACCAUGUAACAAACUUCUUGGAAUUGCCGGAUGGUAC